ACAAUUCAUUUCCCAAUAUUCUUGAGAGAAACUUCAGUUCUCACUAAUGGCUUCCUCUAAAGUACUUCUUUUUGUAGCACUUUUUGUCGCCACUUCUUCCCUUGUCCUAGCAUCCGAUCCCAGCCCUCUUCAAGAUUUCUGUGUUGCGGAUGUAAACAACACUGUGAAAGUGAACGGUUUUGUAUGCAAAGACCCCAAAGUUGUGACAGCGGAUAAUUUCUUCGCAAGAGGGCUCGAUAAAGCAGGCAACACAUCGAACCCAAAUGGGUCUAAAGUAACGGCUGUGAAUGUGAUGCAGAUUCCGGGACUCAACACGCUCGGCAUCUCUUUAGCGCGUGUGGACUACGCUCCGUGGGGCAUCAACCCACCCCACACGCACCCACGCGCCACCGAGAUCUUGACCGUCCUCGAGGGCACCCUCCUGGUCGGCUUCGUCACCUCCAACACCGAGAAUCGUCUCUUCACCAAGGUGCUUUACAAGGGCGAUGUGUUCGUUUUCCCCGUUGGUCUGAUCCACUUCCAGCAGAAUAUCGGGUACGGCCCGGCCGUGGCUCUGGCCGCUCUCAGCAGCCAGAACCCCGGCGUUAUCACCAUAGCCAAUGCAGUGUUCGGAUCCAACCCGGAUAUUCCGGCCAACAUUCUCGCCAAAGCUUUCCAAGUGGACGAGGCCACCGUCACCAAGAUCCAGGCCAACUUCUAAGGGCUUAAUUGCAAAAUUAGGCUUUUGUUUCAAUAAAAAUGUCAGCUUUUCAUCGUUUCAUUUGUUGUCUUGUCAGUCAAUUUUAGGUCAUGGUCUUGCGUUUAGAUAAUCAUUGUUUUUUCUUUUGACUGUUUUUUUCUUCCUUUUCUCAUUCGAUUGUAUUGCUUGUGGGGAUGUUUUGUUGAAUAAAAAUAUUGAUUGAUUAUUUCAUGUA